AACCUACUGAACAAUAACGUUGGCUUACUUCGCGUACUUAAGCCAAUUAGAACAAUCAAUAAUAUUGUGUAAUUUGGUCAUUAAAAAACUACUUUAUCUACAAAGUAGUUUGGAUUUUUGGACAAUUAAGUAUUUAGUUUUUGCAGUAGGUGAUGGGGUUCCAUUAUUCACCACGAAAACCGGACUGGAGAACGUCACCAAAAAGUUUUCUGUUAGUAGGUACCUAAUAUCAAGGUUUUUUUUGCUCAGUUGGACAUGUCAACCUGCGACAAUAUUGCGAUGGAGAACUUUCACGGUCAGUUCUAUUCUUCAUUGCAAAGGGAUAGGGAAUAUGCCAUACGGGUACGUCACGCACAUAAGCAGUAUGGAACAAAUAAGAACCUGUGCGUGGUACUCGACGGUCUUAGUAUGACGGUACCAAAAGGGAUUAUCUACGGACUUCUGGGUGCAAGUGGGUGCGGGAAGACUACGUUAUUAGGAUGCAUACUUGCAAGGCGAAGACUAAACUCGGGCGAAAUAUGGGCUUUGGGCGGGAGCUGCGUCAAAGGCGCGCGCGUCGGAUACAUGCCGCAGGAGUUGGCGCUUUACCAAGAGUUUACCAUCCGCGAAACCUUGCAUUACUUCGGUGGAUUAGUCGGCAUGCGCGCUAAGAAGAUCGAAGACAGGUUGAACUUCCUGUCUAAUUUGCUGAUGCUACCGUCGGUAGACAAGAAGGUGGCCGAUCUUAGUGGAGGCCAACAGAGAAGAGUAUCACUAGCCUCCGCCUUGGUCCACGAGCCCGAACUGUUAAUUCUUGACGAACCCACCGUUGGCGUCGACCCAGUUCUUAGACAGAUUAUUUGGGAUCACCUUGUGGAUAUUACCCAAACCAAAGGAACUACCGUUAUCAUGACUAGUCACUAUAUAGACGAAAUGAGGCAAGCUCAUCUAAUUGGUUUAAUGCGAGGAGGUCGCUUCCUAGCAGAGGAAUCGCCCAGAGACCUUCUCGUCAAGUUCAGUACCGACAGUUUGGAGGAGGUUUUUCUGCGAUUGAGCGCCAAUCAAAUUUUGAUGAAAGAAAACGAAUCGAACGACAUGCCAGGUAAACGAGACUCCCUUACUCAAAGAUCCCAAAAUCUCGUGGAAAAGUCGCACUUUCUUCCUUCGAUACACUGGGAUCACCUAAGGACGUUGCUGUGGAUCAACGGACUAUGGAUGCUAAGAAAUUUACCCGUGGUCCUCUUCAUGUUGCUGCUACCACUGGUGCAGAUGUCGCUGUUCUGUUCGGCGAUAGGACACAAUCCUAAAGGUCUGACGGUGGCGAUUGUCAAUUACGAAACGCAGAAUUUGUCGAAUUGUGACACCACGCUGGCGUGUAACAGUUCCACGCUCAGUUGCGGAUACCUCUACUACUUGAAGGGAAAGGAUCUAAACUUUGUCCAUUACAAAACCGACCAUGAGGGAGUCGACUCAGUGCUCAAAGGCGAAACGUACGCAUCCAUCGUAAUCAAGGCCAACUACACCGAGGGAUUGCAAGCACGCAUCGCCAAAGGCUGCAACGCGACGCCUUGGGACAUUUCCGCCAGCGAGAUCGAAGUGCUUCGCGACACGACCAGUAAAGACAUCGCUAUGUUUCUCAUGUUCUACAUAUACGAGGCCUUUCAGGAGUUCAUCCAGAACUAUUUGAAAUCCUGCGGCUUCCGCUCGCACGCAAUAUCAGUGCCGAUCCAGUGGGAACCGCCGGUCUAUGGGCUACGUUAUCCCAGCUUUACCGAAUUCGUGACUCCGGGAAUAAUUCUAACGACGACCUUCUUCUUGGCUUUGGCGUUGACGGCUGGUGCCAUGAUAAUUCAAAGAAACCAGGGAUGUAUCGAGAGGGCCAUGGUUAGCGGAGUGACACCAAUUGAACUGUUGGUUACUCACAUCAUUUGCCAGUUCGUUAUCAUUCUAGUUCAGCUUACUAUAGUUCUCGUGUGUUCUUUUGUGAUAUUUAAACUUACUCUGAAUGGAUCCGUAGUGUUAGUGACCUUACUGUCCAUCCUGAGUGGAUUUUGUGGAAUGUGCUUCGGUUUCGCAAUAUCGUGUGGAGUCGAUUCUGAACGAAUGGCCAUGUACAUCGCUCUAGGAAGUCUGGUCCCUUUGCUGAUGUUAUCCGGAAUUGUGUGGCCAGUUGAAGGCAUGCACUACAUCUUGCAGUUAUGUUCCUUUUUGAUGCCACUCACAAAAGCCACUGAAAGUAUGCGAAGUAUUUUGCAGCGAGGCUGGGGAAUGACUUCUCCCGUGGUGCACAUGGGAUUUAUUUCUAUUGCUAUCUGGGCAUUUGUAUUUCUUUUAUUUAGUAUCGUGUUAUUAAAAUUUAAAAAAGGAUAAUAUAUUUA